UCCAAAUCAACCAAACCCAAAAAACCCUACCCAACAAUUCGAAAAUCUCCAUUCUUGGACAUUCAAGGUCCGAAAUCUUCCCAAAAAUUCUCAACCAAUACCAUAUUCUUGCUCUUCUCAUCAUCCUCUUCAACACCAUACCCAUAAAAGCCAUCCAAACUCCACCCUACCCAAAAGUCCGAAAUUCCUCAAGCAAAAUAACAAAAAAAAUCCAUCCCAUGGCUCCAAAAAAAUCCAAAACUUCUUCUUCAAGGGCCAUCCCACCCGUGGCGGGCUAUGAAAGCGUGGAAUUUGCAACAGAGGCACACAAAACACUCUUCAAGGAACAAGCCAAAAGGGAGGU